UAAGAAAAAAUAUUUUUUAAAGAUAUCUUCACUUUACUCAUCGAUUUUCUGCCGAAAACAAGCAGAAUGCGAUGUUUGUAAAUUAGAAUCUCUUAAUUGCUGCGUAGUGUGACAUUUUAUCGUGACUAGUGUUUAUAAAAAUUAUUUUAAAAGUUGGUCAUUCACAAAAAAAAAAGUAUUCGAAUAUUGUCCAGAAAACUUGAAUCUCAUACCUAAAGAUAUUUGCAUAAAAGAAUAGCAAUGGAUCAGCUACAGAGCUUUUUCAAGUCCAACAUCGACUCGAUCGGUAAGGAUUUGCUCAAUCAGGCUGGUGAAGUAGUCAUGGGAGCAGCUAAGGAGUACAUUGGACAGGCAAUCAACGAAAUGUUUGUCAUCAAGAAAGAAGCUCCGUCAAAACGAGUUUUGCCAUCCAUUCAAAAUAUGAAAAUUGUUGGUGAACGAGCUUCUGGACUUCGUGGACAGAAAGAUGUUCAAGAUUUUUAUGCUCUUAGACAACAAUGCCUUGAUUCAGGAUCAUUAUUUGAGGAUCCAGAAUUUCCAGCAUCAGAUAAAUCCUUAUUCUACUCACGUCGUGCUGAUAGACGUUAUGAAUGGCUUCGGCCAAUGGAAAUCGUUGAUGAUCCACAAUUUUUUGUUGAAGGAUAUUCACGAUUUGAUGUUCAACAGGGAGAACUUGGUGACUGUUGGUUACUUGCGGCAGCUGCAAAUUUAACACAAGAUCAAAAAUUAUUCUUUAGAGUUGUAUGUGAUGACAAUAGCUUCGAAGAGAACUACGCCGGUAUUUUUCAUUUUCGAUUUUGGCAAUAUGGCAAAUGGGUAGAUGUUGUUAUUGAUGAUCGCUUGCCAACAUAUCGUGGACAACUUGUAUACAUGCACUCAACUGAAAACAAUGAAUUCUGGUCAGCAAUGCUUGAAAAAGCAUAUGCUAAAUUACAUGGCAGUUAUGAAGCAUUGAAAGGAGGUACUACAUGUGAGGCACUUGAAGAUUUUACUGGUGGUGUCACUGAAAUGUAUGAACUUAAGGAAGCGCCAUCAAAUCUCUUUCAUAUUAUCGAAAAAGGAUUUGAAAGGAAUUCCAUGAUGGGAUGUUCUAUUGAGCCUGAUCCUAAUGUUAAUGAGGCUGAAACACCACAAGGCUUAGUUCGUGGUCAUGCUUAUUCAAUUACAAAAGCACAACUUGUUGACAUAGUCACACCAAACACGACUGGCAAAAUUCCAUUAUUACGUUUGAGAAAUCCAUGGGGUAACGAUGUAGAAUGGAAUGGCCCAUGGAGUGAUAAAUCUGCAGAAUGGCGCUAUAUCCCAGACCAUGCAAAAGAAGAGAUUGGACUGACAUUCGAUCAUGAUGGUGAAUUCUGGAUAUCCUACAGAGACUUUUUGAAAUAUUUCGAUCGCAUGGAAAUCUGUAAUUUGUCACCAGACUCAUUGUCUGAAGAACAGGAAUCAGGAUUGAAGAAGAAAUGGAAUAUGAAUGUAUUUGAGGGUGAAUGGGCAGCAGGCAUAUCAGCUGGUGGUUGCAGAAAUUAUCUUGAUAGCUUCCAUCGUAAUCCACAAUAUGUUAUGACACUUGAAGAUCCAGAUGAGGAUGAUGAUGAUGGAAAAUGUACAGUCUUGGUUGCAUUGAUGCAGAAGAAUCGUAGAAGUAGAAGAAACGUUGGAUUGGAUUGCUUGACAGUUGGAUUUGCAGUUUAUCGUGUCACAGAACGUGACUUGGCACAAAAGCCAUUGAAGAUGAAUUUCUUUAAGUACAAUGCAUCUGUUGCAAGAUCGCCAGCAUUUAUUAAUCUUCGUGAAGUCAGUUGCCGUUUUAAGCUUUCACCAGGAAAUUAUUUAAUAGUUCCAUCCACAUUUGAGCCAAAUGAAGAAGGUGAAUUUUUAAUUCGUGUCUUUUCUGAGGGUAAAAGUACGUUUGGUGAAAAUGACGAGACUGUUGGACUUGGAGAUGUUGAUUCAAGGAUUGCGGGUGAUCUUCCAAAUAUUCGCGAUCCAACACCUGAAAGAUCAGCCAUUGAGCAAUUGUUCAUGGACAUGGCUGGUCCGGACCAGGAAGUCGGUUGGAUGGAAUUAAAGCGAAUCCUAGAUCACUCCAUGCGAGAUGAAUUAGUGAAACACACGGAUGCGGCCCAAGCGACGAAUGGCUAUCAAUCAUAUGCUGAAGUUAAUGGUCAACAGCAACAACAAGAAGAGGGUGGCGGCAAUUUAUUGGCAUUGAUUUGUGCUUCAUUAUGCAAGGAUACGCCUUUGGCCACAUUGUUUGGACCACCUCCAAACGAAAACAAUAUUAACAAUAACACUGCCGCCACGCCUCUUAUGACUCCUAUUCAAAAUGUGUCUGAGAGUCAGGGCUUCUCAAAGGAUAUUUGCAGAUCUAUGGUAGCAAUGUUAGAUGUCGAUCACUCAGGCAAGCUUGGAUUGGAGGAAUUUAAGACAUUAUUGAAUGAUAUUGUCAAAUGGAAGGCUGUCUUCAAAUUAUACGACAGAGCAAACACCAACAAACUCAAUGGUUAUGAAAUGCGUGAAGCUUUAGGAUCUGCCGGUUAUCAUUUGAAUAAUCACAUUCUUAACUCCCUUGUUUAUCGUUAUGGAGCAGCUGACAAGACAAUUUCAUUUGAUGACUUCAUCAUGUGUGCUGUUAAAGUUAAGACAAUGAUUGAGCACUUUAAGGAGAAGGAUUAUAACAACACAAAUCAAGCGACAUUCACGAUGGAUGAAUGGAUUACGAGAUCACUUUAUUCAUAAACUUGUAUUAUGUAUUCCAGCUUUUCGAAUGUUUAAAGUUGCAUUUUUUCAUUAAUUAUAAAUUUAGUUGUUUUGCAGUCAGACUGUAAAUUAUAAUUGUUUCGAAUGGGGAAUUUCAAGGGAUUAUUAGACAUUGAUCUUUAGAAUUUUUAAUGGAUUUGAGUGCUCAAUGUCUGAAAGUCAACUUUUCAAUUACCAUGCUUUGGAAUUUCCACGAUUUUCGCUUUAAUCCAUAACAAAAAAAAAAAAUAUUUAACUCCACUUUCUAUUUAUUUUUGGAUGUACUAAAAAAACUGAUCAAAUUAUCUUAAAAGUUAUGGUUGUCUUCCUUUUAAAGUUAUUAGUUUAUAAUCAAAACUUUAUUCUCGAAAUAUUUGAAUGUAAAGAUGCUUAAAGGAAUCGCACAAAAUGGAAUUUUUACAUAAAGACAGAAAGAAUUGCAAUUAUUUUGUGAAAUCAGAAAUCGUGCCUAUGUUUACACACAAAUUGAAAAAUUUUAUCAAUCAUUAGUCAGAAGAACUAUUUUAAAAACUUCAUAUACUUGUUAUCAUGAAACAAAUCGUUUCGCAAAGUC